UCGAGUACAGGGAACCGUCCCACUCCCGCCAAGCGUUUGUCGCAGGGUUUUAGCCAUUCAGCACUGUUACUCCCGCCUACCCCAAAACCCUAGAAAUCCCCAUUCUCUCUUUCUCCUUCUUCGUCUUCUUCCCCAAUUUCCUCAAUCCUCUCUUCCAAUUGCAGAUCAACAAUGAGUUACGCAGCGUACAAGAUGAUGCACUGGCCAACCGGCAUCGAAAACUGCGCUUCCGGAUACCUCACUUACUCCAUUUCCGACUCCACUCCUCAAUUCAUCCCGUCCCUCCCAUCCGACGACAUGGAUUCCGAUUGGCCCCGUCGGAAUCAGGGCAUUGGCCCUAUCCCUAACCUAGUCGUCUCCGCCGCCAAUGUCCUCGAGGUUUAUGUUGUUCGUGUGCAGGAAUCGACCGCCGCUUCUGACGCUAAGCGCGGUGGCCUCAUGGCUGGUGUCUCCGGCGUUUCCUUGGAGCUUGUUUGCCACUACAGGUUGCACGGUAACAUUGAAUCCAUGGCUGUGCUCUCAGUUGGUGGAAGUGACAGUUCAAAAAGGAGAGAUUCUAUCGUAUUAACAUUCCGGGAUGCGAAAAUUUCUGUCUUGGAGUAUGAUGACUCUACCCAUAGUCUUCGUGUGAGCUCAUUGCAUUGUUUUGAGGGUCCAGAUUGGUUUCAUCUGAAGAGGGGAAGAGAAUCCUUUGCGAGAGGCCCAUUGGUAAAGGUUGAUCCUCAAGGCAGGUGCGGCGGAGUUCUUGUUUAUGAUCUGCAAAUGAUAAUUCUUAAGACUGUUCAGGCUGGUACAGGCUUAGUUGGGGAUGAUGAGAGUUCUAGUCUUGGAGGGGCAGCUUCUGCUCGUGUUGAAUCAUCCUACAUAAUUAAUUUAAGAGACUUGGAUAUCAAGCAUGUUAAGGAUUUUGUAUUUGUUCAUGGAUAUAUUGAGCCUGUGUUGGUAAUACUUCAUGAAAGGGAGCUUACUUGGGCCGGAAGAACCUCAUGGAAACACCACACUUGCAUGCUUUCAGCCCUUAGUAUCAAUACAACAAUGAAGCAACAUCCCCUUAUAUGGUCAGCUAUGAACCUGCCACAUGAUGCAUACAAGCUGCUUGCAGUUCCUUCUCCAAUUGGUGGUGUUCUUGUAAUCUCCACUAAUGCUGUUUAUUAUCACAGCCAGUCUAUGUCAUGUGCUUUGGCUGUGAACACUUUUGCAGUUUCAGCUGAUGGCAGCCAAGAGAUGCCAAGAUCAAAUUUUAUUGUGGAGCUUGAUACUGCCCAUGCAACUUGGUUGGCUAAUGAUGUAGCCAUGCUGUCAACUAAAACUGGUGAACUACUUCUGUUGACACUUGUUUAUGAUGGAAGGAUUGUGCAGAGGCUUGACCUUGUGAAGUCCAGGGCUUCUGUUCUCACAUCGGAUAUUACAACGAUUGGAAACUCUUUGUUCUUUCUGGGUAGCCGCCUGGGAGACAGCCUGCUUGUGCAAUAUACUUCUGGAACUGCUCCUACAUCCUCGGCAUCUUCUGUGAAGGAAGAGGUUGGGGAUAUUGAAGGCGAUGCCCCAUCAAUGAAACGCCUACGACGCUCAUCGUCAGAUGCUCUGCAAGAUAUGGUUGGUGGUGAGGAACUUUCUUUAUAUGGCGCAACUCCCAAUAAAGCAGACUCUGCACAGAAAUCUUUCGCAUUUGCAGUGAGGGAUUCAUUGAUAAAUAUUGGUCCUCUGAAGGAUUUUUCAUAUGGUUUAAGGAUCAAUGCAAACCCGAAUGCCACUGGAAUGGCUAAGCAGAGUAAUUAUGAACUGGUUUGUUGUUCUGGACAUGGGAAAAACGGUGCGCUUUGCGUUAUUCAGCGUUCAAUUCGCCCAGAAAUGAUCACUGAGGUUGAACUACCUGGAGUUAAAGGGAUUUGGACUGUCUAUCACAAGAGUUCUCGCAGUCAUAAUUCUGAUGCGUCCAAGAUAUCACCUGAGGAGGAUGAAUAUCAUGCAUAUUUGAUCAUAAGCUUAGAGGCACGAACAAUGGUUCUUGAAACAGCUGAUCUUCUCGGGGAAGUUACUGAAAGUGUUGACUAUUAUGUUCAAGGGCGUACAAUUGCUGCAGGAAAUUUAUUUGGAAGGCGUCGUGUUAUCCAGGUCUAUGCUCGUGGUGCCCGAAUCCUAGAUGGUUCAUACAUGACCCAAGAACUAACUUUUGGAACUAGCAGCACUGAACCAGGUACUGGAUCUGACAGUGUAACUGUUUCAGCAGUGUCGAUCGCUGAUCCGUUUGUACUGCUAAAGAUGAGUGAUGGUAGUAUACAGCUUCUUGUUGGAGAUCCUUCCAAUUGUACUGUAGCCAUAAAUGUUCCUUCAGUGUUUGAAGGUUCAAAGAAAUCAAUCUCUGCUUGCACACUUUAUAACGAUAGGGGUCCCGAGCAAUGGCUUCGGAAGGCCAGUACGGAUGCUUGGCUUUCAACUGGUGUUGGUGAGGCUAUCGAUGGGUCAGAUGGGUUGCCACAUGAUGGGGAUAUCUACUGUAUCACUUGCUAUGAUAAUGGCACCCUUGAAAUACUUGACGUGCCAGGUUUUAAAUGCAUUUUUUCUGUGGAAAAAUUCAUGUCUGGAAAGGCCUAUCUUACGGAUUCCUAUGGCAAAGAGUUGCUCCUAAAACCUGACAAGAUAACCGAGGAUACGACAGGUCAGGCCAGAAAAGAAAAUGUGCAGAACAUUAAAGUUUCUGAGUUGGCAAUGCACAGAUGGUCUGGACAGCACAGCCGCCCUUUUCUGUUUGGAAUACUGACAGAUGGAACUAUUCUUUGUUACCAUGCGUAUUUAUUCGAGGCUCAGGAAAAUGCUAAAAAUGAAGAUGGAAAAGGAGGAAAUGAUAGGAUUACUCUUGAUAGUACAAGUUCUUCAAGGCUGCGAAAUUUGAGGUUUCUCCGCAUUCCCUUGGAUAUGCACACACGAGAGGAGGUGUCAGAAGAAGGUUCUCUGCCACGCAUUUCAAUAUUCAACAAUAUUGGUGGACAUCAGGGAUUUUUUCUUUCCGGGUUGAGACCAGCUUGGUUUAUGGUCUUCAGGGAGCGCCUGCGUGUUCAUCCACAGCUAUGUGAUGGAUCCAUUGUCGCCUUUACAGUUCUUCACAAUGUGAAUUGCAAUCAUGGUUUUAUAUACGUAACCUCACAGGGUUUUCUUAAAAUUUGCCAGCUUCCUUCUGGACCGAGUUACGACAAUUACUGGCCUGUGCAGAAAAUGCCACUGAAGGGCACUCCCCAUCAAGUCACCUACUUUGCCGAGAAGAAUUUAUACCCAAUAAUUGUUUCGUUUCCUGUUAUAAAGCCAUUAAAUCAGAUUCUGUCAUCUCUGGUUGAUCAAGAAACUGGCCAUCAGAUUGAGCAUGACAAUCUUAGUUCCGAUGAGCUACAGAGAACUUACACUAUAGAUGCAUUUGAAGUUCGGAUCUUGGAGCCAGAAAAAUCUGGUGGAAUCUGGCAAACAAAAGCUACCAUUUCUAUGCAAAGUUCAGAAAAUGCUCUCACUGCACGAAUGGUUACCCUGCUAAACACAACCAGCAAAGAGAAUGAAACACUUUUAGCUAUUGGAACAGCAUAUGUGCAAGGGGAGGAUGUGGCUGCAAGAGGACGUGUGCUCUUAUAUGCCCUUGGAAGAUCAGAUAAUCCUCAAAAUUUGGUUUCCGAAGUGUAUGCCAAGGAGUUGAAGGGUGCUAUAUCUGCUGUAGCUUCGCUUCAAGGUCAUUUGCUGAUAGCUGCUGGUACCAAAAUUAUCUUGCACAAAUGGACUGGUACAGAGUUGAAUGGCGUGGCAUUCUUUGAUGCUCCCCUGCAUGUUGUGAGCUUAAAUAUUGUUAAAAAUUUUAUUCUCCUUGGGGACAUUCACAAGAGCAUAUAUUUUCUUAACUGGAAGGAACAAGGUUCUCAGCUUAGCUUGUUGGCAAAGGAUUUUGGGUCACUUGAUUGUUUUUCAACUGAGUUUCUGAUCGAUGGGAGUACACUCAGCCUUGUGGUUUCAGAUGAACUGAAAAACGUCCAGGUUUUUUACUAUGCGCCAAAGCUGUCUGAGAGUUGGAAAGGACAGAAGCUUCUUUCAAGAGCUGAAUUUCAUAUCGGUGCACAUGUGACGAAAUUCCUGCGAUUGCAAAUGCUUCCUGCUUCAUCUGAUAAACCCAAUUCUACUCCAAUCCCUGAUAAAACUAAUAGAUACGCUCUAUUAUUCGGUACUCUUGAUGGAAGCAUUGGCUGUAUUGCACCACUUGACGAGUUAUCAUUUCGGAGGCUUCAAUCGCUGCAGAAAAAGCUUGUUGAUGCUGCUCCUCAUGUUGCUGGGCUAAAUCCAAAAUCCUUUCGCCAGUUCCAGUCAAGUGGUAGGGCACAUCGCCCUGGACCUGACAACAUAGUUGACUGUGAGCUGCUUUGCCAUUAUGAGAUGUUACCACUGGAAGAACAACUAGAAAUUGCCAACCAGAUUGGAACUACUAGGUCACAAAUUUUAUCCAACUUUAACGACCUUUCUCUAGGAACGAGCUUUCUGUAAGAGUAUGCUCUUCCAAUCAUUUGGUUGCCGAUAGAACAAGGCCAACAAGGCAACAAUUAGAAGAGCUGGUUCUGUGGCCGACUGCUCGAAAGGUACUGUAAACUUAUUAUUUUCCUGUCUUAUUUUCCCCCCCUUCACUUCCAAUCAUAACUGGGUCACAACUCACAAGUCACAAUAGUUAAUUUCAUUGUAAAUGGCUGUGAAUCUGUGAUCAUCUGUUUGUAUUGUACAUGUUUAGUUUAGUAAAAUAUAAUUCUCUGUAAAA